UGUCUUGAUUGUCAAGCAAGAUGCACGAGAAGGGUCGUGCAGUAUUUUUUUAACUUUAUUUUUAACGACUGAUAAUAACUAUAACAAUCGUUUUUAUAGUCAUGGCAUCUUAUAAAGUGUUUAAAAAAUCAUUUGUGAUGGCAAUUAUUAUAAGUACUAUAGUUUUUGUAUUCUUCUGGGCGAACAUGGAACUUGUCAGGGUGGCUGUUUUCUCCAAUAAAACGACGCAGCAAAAACAAGCACCUGCUUUAAAACAUUCAGGGAUGAUGAAAGAAAUUCCACUGAAUGUGAAGAAUAAGCUGUGCCGCGUCAACUUCAAGGACCAGAGGAGUUAUGUGAACAAAACAUCGGAUUUGAAGAUGAUAUAUUUUGUGACACCCACGUACCCUCGGCCGGAGCAGGCACCAGAACUGACUAGGCUUGCCCACACGUUGAUGCAUGUCCCGCGAUUACAUUGGAUCGUGGCCGAUGAUCAACCAAUUUGCUCCGAUGUCGUAUAUGACAUACUAAGACGAUCGGGACUGCCAUACACGCACAUAUCAAGCCCUAAACCAUUCAAGUACCAAAUCACUAAUUUUCCUCGAGGCGUGGCAAACCGCCGUGCAGCUUUAGCCUGGCUCAGAGACAAUGUCCAUGAAGGAGUUCUGUACUUCGGAGAUGAUGACAACACGGUGGACCUGCAGCUCUUCGAUGAGAUCAGGAACACGAAGAAAGUUUCAAUGUUCCCUGUGGGCCUGAUCGGAGAUUAUGGAGUCUCCAGCCCGGUCGUCACAGAUGGAAAGGUGGUGGCCUUCUUCGACUCGUGGGUUGGGUCCAGAACGUUCCCCGUGGACAUGGCAGGCUUCGCCAUCAACAUUAAGUUUCUCAAGGACACCGCUUACAUGCCGUACAAGACCGGACUAGAAGAAGACAGGUUCCUAGUAAGCCUAGGUUUAAAAUUCGACGAAAUCGAACCUCUCGCCGACAAUUGCUCAAAAAUACUAGUCUGGCAUACGAAAACUUUGAAAAAGAAGAAGCGUAGUCUAAAGAUUGAUAUAAAAAUGUUUGAGAAUUCUCAAAAUUAUCGAGACUUUGCAGGUUUACUUAAAGAGACUUCGAGGUUAGGUAUGGCAGAUGUGAGUUCUGUAAAUGGUUCAAAUGCUUACAUUUUCCUACCGAAGCAACAUAAGUUGACAGAAACUUCUAUGAUAGCACCGAAUAGUUCUAAGUAAUCAUUUAAUAUCGUCCAUCUACCCAAAAAUCUCAAAAAUCAAGUCAUCAACCACGGUUUCAAAAUCUUCAAAGUUGUCUUGUUCGACUUGAAAAUAUCUUAACAUAAAGUUCUUGACUUGACUACAAUUUUAAGACUUGUUGCUAUUUGCUAAUGAGUUACAGAAUUCAUCACCAAUCAUCAAAUAGAAUAUAAAUGACUAUGAAAUUAUCCUAGUGCUAGUAAAACGAUAAAAUACAUGUUACAGUAUUUAGAUAGAAAACGAUUGUUUAGAAGAAUGCCCGACUGAAAUUUCAAUGAGUUAGCAUUGUCAAAUUGUCAAUGUUGUUUGUUUAAAAACUUGAACUAAACACAAAGUACUAUUUUUAUGUAGUAACUCUCCCUUUUAAGAGGUUGAUAAAGAGAAGUAGUGAUUUGUACCUUUGUACGAGUUUGCUUUACGUUUAAAGUAAUCGAAACGAAAGCGCGUUCGGCGCUCUGAUUGGUUGGUUUAUUCGAGCUGGCCUAUCAGAGCGCCGAACGACCUCUCGUUUCGAUAAGUUUAAACGUAAAGCAAACUUAUAGUAAGGGUAUUGAAUGUUUCUCACUAUUUGUAAUGAUCUAAACUCAUUUAUAAAGUUCUCAAUAUGGUUUAAAAUGUAUGGAGCCAUAGUGAUGAAACUUUGUGCCUCCAAAAUUGAUAGUAGUUGCAACUGUGGCGACUGCUUUAGUAAGUGUGUACUUUAUUGGAAUAUAAUUUAAAUUCAAUUAAUGUGAUAAAUGUUAAAACAUUCCGUUGGUUCGUAGACUGAAAAAAAGUAAUAUUAAAACGUAUAUUAGUGUCAUUUAACAUUUGACACAGAAUGGUGUUAAUUUCUUCUUCUUUACAAAAAUUGUAAUAACAUUUGAAAGACUGAAUCGAUUUAAACGACGAAAUAAGACUAAAUUGUUACUCGUUACGCACAAUAUUUGUGUAUAUAAGUAAAAAGCAUUCAAAAUGGCGCUUUUAACGUGUGAGACACACAGACAUACAAAAAGACGAACACUAGCUCUCUGCCGCUUCUAUUUGGGAAAUGAGACUACUAAAUAUUUGCUACUCGACUAAAAUACUAUCUACUACUAGUGUGAGGCAUUAAUGUGUGUCGGGCUCGCACUCAAUUGGGUUCCGUACCAUUAUUUAUAUAUAGAAAGGGCAAAUACUCUUACUCUGAAAUAUUUGUAUUUUAUUUAUGUUUUUAUAUCGAUAACAGAAAUCUAUUUAUAUUAUUAUAGAAGAUGAGAAAACUUU